UUUCCCGGAAUCUCGUUCAACUUGGAUUUGGGGAUUUCCUAAACCUUUCUUCAUUUAUAAAUAAAGACGACUUUGAAGUGGAACCAAAAGUGGACGUUGAUAACUUUACGCCGGAAGAUUCUCUUCCAAUGGAAGAUGUUUUGAAUUAUCUUGAGAUUAAAAAAGAAGAUAUUGAAGAAGAUAACGAAGAUGAAUAUAAACCUAAUCUUGAAACAAGUUAUUCUUGUGAUUUAUGUGAAUAUUCAUCAAAAUCUUUACGCGGACUAAACCUACACAAAGGGACAAGUCACGAAUAUGCCAAGUACACCUGUCAUAUCUGCAAUCAUGGAUUUAAUUCUAAAUAUGGCCUGCAAGCACAUUCAAAGCGUAAACAUGGAUUGAAAACUUUUAAAUGUGAUCGCUGUGAAUUAAAAGUUGAUACUUUAAAACAAUUGAUAAAACACAGAGGAACACAUAAAGAUAAACCCUAUACUUGUGAUUUAUGUGAUUUUAACUCUUUAUCUCUUGGUGAUUUUUCCAGACACAAACAGUCUCAGCAUGGAGAGAAUAAAUCUAGGUAUAUUUGUGAUCAGUGUGAAUACAGCACUUCUCAUCUUUACAUGUUAAAGAGACACUUGAAGAUUGUACACGAAGGAUUGAGAAUUCCAUGCGGACAAUGUGAAUUUGCUGCAACAUCCCAGACGUACUUAAAGAGACACAUUGAAACAAUACACGAGGGGAAAAAGUUGUAUUGUGACCAAUGUGAAUAUGUUGCAGCACACCCGGGCACUUUGAGAAAUCACAUUCAAAGCAAGCAUAAAGGUGUAAAACAUCACUGUGAUAAAUGUGAGUUUGUUACAAGCUACAGGGAUAAACUAACACAACAUAUUAAAACCAAGCAUGAAGGUGUCAGGUUUCCCUGUGAAGUGUGCAACUAUGCAGCAACCAGAAAUGAAUAUUUAAAGAAGCAUAUGGAGGAGAAGCAUCCAGCACUGUAGUGUAUAACUUAAAAAUAAAAACCUGUUGAAAAUUUUUAAUAAAAAAGUUUAUUAUCAAGUUGUUGACUUUAAA